GCCGAUCUUUCGAUAUAGCGCCACCUUGUGUUGGAAUCCAAAACAUGGCCGCUUCCUUGUUGAAAAUGCAUUAUCACUCGGUAAACUAAAACACGAUAACUGAAAUCGAAUGAAGCACAUUGUUCUUUGCAGGUCUUUUCAUUCAAAUCUCAUAAGAAUCUAAAGCAUGGCUGACAGGUUUGAUGAUCGUAUUCUGGGAGAGAAGGACCAAUAUUACUACAGUAGUGAUGAGGAAGAUGCAGACGACGAUGCAAGUGAUGAUGAUGGGAGAGCCAAGACAAUCAAGGGACCUGUAGUUGAGCCAGCGGAGGAGGAAUUCAAGGGAGGCGCUGCUACACAUACUGGUCCCAAGGGUGUGAUAGAAGAUUGGAGGAGAUUCAAGCAAUUGGAGACAGAGAAGAGACAAGAAAAAGAAGUUGAACGGUUGGCUCUUGCUAAGCAUCUUGCCCUUACCUGCAGAUCUUAUCUCGACGAUGAGAAAGCGAAGGAAGAUGAAAAAGCAGAAGAAGACGAGAUGAUGAUGUUAGGCAUUGACCAGGAGUUCCUCAAGCAGUACAGGGAGCAGAGGAUCCGAGAAAUGACGCAGACGCUGCAACAAAACAGACCAAAGUUUGGUAAAGUCAUCCAUUUGACCAAGGAAACCUUUGUAGAUGCUAUCGACAAGGAAAACAACAGUGUGUCUGUUCUCAUUCACAUCAGAUCUCCGUCAGUGCCAGCAUGUGAGGCUAUGGAAGGCUGCCUCCAUUGCCUCGCCCAGGAGUACCCACACGUCAAGUUCUGUUCCAUCUAUGCCCAAGAUGUCAACCUUAGUCAGAACUUUAUCUCAAAUGGCUUGCCGGCAUUACAAAUCUACAAGGGCGGUUCACUGAUUGGAAACUUUGUAAGAUUAUCGGACCAACUUGGUGAGGACUUCUUUGCUGGAGAUUUAGAGACAUUCCUACAAGAGCACAGCCACCUGCCAAGUAAGGAGGAGCAGCAGCUCAUACGAGGUCCUGAAGCCCAGGACAGCGAAGACAGCGACUUGGAACUGGAUUGAUGAUGACCAAGAUUUCCUUCUGAGCAUCAAGAUGAAUUCAAAGGAAACAUAAGAGCGGCUCACUGCUGUGCACUAAAGGCCAAUAUUGGCCCAGCAUUUAUUUUGUAGCCGCGAUGUCUGCAGGUGGCCUACAAAUGUACUUUAAUUUUGCUUAUACUAGGUCCUCACCAGAAGCAGAAGUUUUUUGGUUUUUUUACUCUGCUCUCCAUUUCAGCCAUAACAGGUGAUGCAGACUGAAUAUCUGUACUCACCACUAUCCAUCGUCUCGGCCCCUUUUCCCAUUUGAGAGGCUUUGAGUAUGUCCGUGUCGGCUAUUUCAUUUGCAGAUGCACUUUGCAAGACCGGUUCAUGUGUUGUCGUCCUUUAAGUCAGUGGAAAAAGAUACCAAUGAACCUACUUGUACUUCAGCCUUUUGCAAUUAAGGUGUUUUGUACCCACUCACUAAGUUAUUUACUUUCUUUCAUUUUUAAAUGAAUGUAUUUAUUUUGCCAUUUGUGAUUGCCAGAUGGAUAUUACAAUGUUGGAUUAUUGUCCAGUGGAUGUAUUUUAUGAAUGUAUAAUGUUUACAUGUAUGUAUGUAUUAUAUGAAUGUAAUUAUAAAUGUUGCACCGUGCUUGUUUUCAGUGGUGGUGUAUUUUAGGGCACCUUCACGAUCACAAUUCCAAUCUGUUUUGUACUCCAUUACAACCUUCUCAACCUGUAGCAGUAGUAGGCCUACAUGUUCUGCAUUGUAUCAAUUUUGUGGCAAAUGAAUAACUUUAUUUCUUUUUUGGCAAGACAUCAGUUUUGUUAUUGGUCAUUUUUUUUACCCACGUUUGCCCUCAAAAAUCCAAAUCCAAUAAACUAAUCCAAUAACAUAAUGA